UCCACCGUGCGUCCUCCCCGGCGGGUGGCGGCCGCGCCUCCUCCUACUCGGCGAUUUUAAUCUCGUUAGCGGACACGUGCGCGCCCCCCGCGCCCUUACGGUGAUACGCAGCGGCAGCCGCAGCCACGAGCGGACCGAGAGAGAGAGAGCUAGCUCGCCGUGUCGCCGGGGCUUCGCCAAUCUGGUUUGGUCUAACAGGAUUUCUCGGCUCGCGCGACGCUUCAUAAAAGCUGCGCGCCGGACGGGCGCGGCGCGUGUCGCAAGGAGGAGUUGUUCCGCUAGUGAGGUGUGGGCGCUCGUGCAGCAGCAGCAGCCAACGGCAGCAACAUAGAAACAGACAGAGAUAGAGAGAGAGAGAGAGAGAGAGAGAGAGAAAGUUAAUGUGUGCGAGAGAGGUGGAUGGAGACAUCGCGGUAAAACUCUCUCGUGGUUGUCGUCGUUGACGUGUCGUAUGCCGCCUUCGUCCUCGUGUCUUGGAGUUCUCGGAGCAGCAGCAGCAGCGGCGGCGACGACGAGGGAGCGGGACGGAGAGAAGAAGCGAAAGAGAAAGAGAGAGGGCGCGAGAGAGAGGAGGGAGACGGAGCGCCGGUGGGUUACCACACCCAACACCGCGCGCGAGCCGAACGUCGCCUCUCUCUAGCCGCGCCGUGCGUCUAGUAGUCGUCCGCGGCUGAGAAACGCGCGCCCGCCAUCCAUCGUCCAGGGUGUACACACGCCGAGCAAGUGCGCCAAAAGUAUCCAUCCACGGAGGGGGAAGAGAGUAGAGAAGCAGAGAGAGGAAGCAGCGAGUGUCGUGUACGUGUGUCUAUCUAUCUGUCUCUGCCUGUGUAUGUGUAAAGAAGAAGGUAUAUAGGUGCGAGAGAGAGUGAGAACGAGACGGACCUCGCCCUCCUCGUCGUCGGGAGAUCGCGUUUUACACGUCGUGUCCGUGGGAAAGGCGAAACGUGCGCAGUGAUUUACAUGUGUGCGUGAGCAAUCAUCGGAGAGAUAUAUAUAUAUAUAUAUAUAUAUAUAUAUAUAUAUAUAUCGUCGGUGGGAGAGAGAGACCGAGGCAGAGGACGAGCGACCGCGCGAGAGCUCGCAGCGGAGGACGACAGACAGGCGGCGCGAGGGGCUCGUGUGCGUGCGCGUAGACGCGCGUUGAUGCGUCGCUGGCGUCGUCGAGCCCCGCCAGGAGCAGCGGCGCUGCAUAGACGCCGCCGUCGUUGAGAGGAAAACACGGGUGCGUCGCCGGGGACGUUUCCCCGUCGUCGCCGUCGCCGUCGUCGCCGUCGCCGUCGUCGUCGUCGUCGUCGUCGUCGUCGUCGUCGUCGUGGUGCCGGUGGUGAUAGUGUUGGCAGUGCUGGUGGUGAAGGAGUAAGUGCGACGCCGUCAUCGUCGUCGUCGUUGGGGGUGGUGGAAGGUGGUGUUUUGACAGUUCUGACAGUUGGAGGGAACGAGAGAGAGAGAAGACGGGGACCACGAGGACGGCGACGAGACGUCAUCGUCGUCGUCGCCGCGGUGGCGAGAUAGCAAACCAUCCCCGUCGUCUAUUCGGAUCUCGACGACCCAGGGUUCAUCGGCAACGAAGAUCGCCGCCGGUCGGCGAGCUGUCACUUUGCUGUCACUUUGCGCCUUCUCCUUUACUAAUUCUCCGCCUAUACGUCGUCGACGAUCUUCCUUUCUUCGUGCCUCUUCUUCGUCGUUCUUCCACCACCUCCUCUUCUUCUUCUCGGCCGGCACCGCUUCCUCCGUCAAAGGAGGAUUCCGUUGUCCUGAGCCAUGGCGUGCUGCCUGUCGGAAGAGGCGAAGGAACAGAAACGGAUCAACCAGGAGAUCGAGCGGCAGCUGCGGAGGGACAAGCGGGAUGCCAGGAGGGAGCUCAAGUUGUUGCUGCUCGGAACCGGCGAGUCGGGCAAAUCCACGUUCAUUAAGCAGAUGAGGAUCAUCCACGGUUCCGGCUACUCGGACGAGGACAAAAGAGGGUUCAUCAAACUUGUGUACCAAAACAUUUUCAUGGCGAUGCAGUCUAUGAUCCGGGCGAUGGACCUCCUGAAGAUCCAGUACGGCGAUUCUUCGAACAUAGAAAAGGCGGAACUCGUGCGAAGCGUAGACUUCGAAACGGUGACGACGUUCGAGAGCCCAUACGUAGAGGCAAUUAAGGACCUGUGGUCGGACGCCGGUAUACAGGAGUGUUACGAUCGCAGACGGGAAUACCAGCUCACGGAUUCAGCCAAGUAUUACCUAAUGGAGAUAGAUCGAGUCGCGGCACCAAACUACCUCCCCACAGAACAGGACAUUCUUCGUGUGAGAGUGCCCACCACCGGUAUAAUUGAAUAUCCCUUUGACUUGGAAGAGAUCCGAUUUAGUUAUCUUAGUGAUCUAGAGCGUAUCGAAAAGCCUGAUUUCCUUCCGACCGAGCAAGACAUCCUCCGGGCACGAGCUCCUACCACCGGCAUUAUAGAAUAUCCGUUUGAUCUGGACUCCAUCAUAUUUAGGAUGGUAGACGUCGGUGGACAGAGGUCGGAAAGAAGAAAGUGGAUCCAUUGUUUCGAAAACGUCACUUCAAUUAUAUUUUUAGUAGCUCUAAGUGAAUAUGAUCAAAUUCUAUUUGAAUCGGAAAACGAGAAUCGAAUGGAAGAAAGUAAAGCACUCUUCAAAACGAUUAUAACAUAUCCCUGGUUUCAACACUCUUCUGUUAUUCUGUUUCUCAACAAGAAAGAUUUACUAGAGGAAAAAAUCAUGUACUCUCAUCUCGUCGACUACUUUCCGGAAUAUGAUGGUCCGCAGAGAGACGCCAUAGCAGCUAGAGAAUUCAUUCUGAGGAUGUUCGUUGAGUUAAACCCGGACAGUGAGAAGAUUAUUUAUUCCCACUUUACGUGUGCCACAGAUACGGAAAACAUCAAGCUUGUGUUCUGCGCUGUUAAGGAUACGAUCAUGCAAACCGCGCUUAAGGAGUUUAAUCUUGCUUAACGCGAUCACACGGAUUGUAUAGAUAUUAUCAAAUGUGUGCGUAGACUUCUGACGAUGCAAUUUGAUAUUUGAACGCCGACAGUGAUGUAGAUCUGCGCCACAUAAGUCUGUUGAUGAUUUAGCACGAUAACUCGAGUGCUAGAAGUAAUUAAAUAUAGCAUACCGAUUAAUCGGCAGAUACUAUUGCAAGAAACGAGUUGGUAAUUUCCUGAAAAUGUUGUUAUAUAUAUGUAUGCUGAUCUAUCUUCUAUAAAACUUAAUCUGUGUGGCUUAGCUCUGUCUCGCUCUCGGCGAUUCGUCUAAAUAUUUAAAAUGCCAUAUGAAUACUUAUGACUGGUUUACCUUUUUGACUGCCAGCUUUAACCGUUGAUGACAACAUAUAUUACAAUAUAUGUUAGGUAAAAGAUAUAUAUAUAUAUUAACAGGACCUUGUAACCUAAAUAAAAUGAACAUAGCAAUUGA